AUCCCCGCCGCGAUGCUGCUGCGGCUCCUGGUGCUGCUGGGCGCCUGCCCGGGGCUGUCGCGGUGCCUGGGCUCCUUCGUGCAGUGCGAGCCCUGCGACGGCAAGGCGCUGUCGCUCUGCCCUCCGCCGCCGCUGGGCUGCGAGCUGGUGAAGGAGCCCGGCUGCGGCUGCUGCCUCACCUGCGCCCUGCCCGCCGGGCAGCCCUGCGGCGUCUACACCGAGCGCUGCGCCCGCGGGCUGCGCUGCCUCCCGCGCCAGGGCGAGGAGAAGCCGCUGCACGCCCUGCUCCACGGCACCGCCGUCUGCCUCAGCGAGAAGAGCUACCGCGAGCAAGCCAAGGCCGAACGGGAGUCCCGAGAGCAUGAGGAGCCAACCACGUCAGAAAUGACAGAGGAAACCUACCCACCCAAGGCCUACCGGCCCAAGCAUGGGCGCCUCUCCGAGCUCAAAGCUGAGGCCCUGAAGAAGGACCGCCGGAAGAAGCUGACCCUGGCCAAGUUUGUGGGCAUGGCCGAGAACACAGCACACCCCCGCGUCGUCAUCCCUGAGCUCCGGCAAGAGUUUGAGCUCGGCCCCUGCCGCAGGCACAUGGAGGCAUCUCUGCAGGAGCUCAAGAGCAGCCAGCGGAUGGUCCCCCGUGCUGUCCACCUCCCCAACUGCGACCGAAAGGGGUUCUACAAGAGGAAGCAGUGCAAGCCCUCCCGAGGCCGGAAGCGUGGGUUGUGUUGGUGUGUGGACAAAUACGGCAUGAAGCUGCCAGGGACUGACUACCUGAGUGGAGACCUGCAGUGCCAUGCAUUCGACAGCAGCAACGUGGAGUGAAAUUGCAUCCCCUCCCUCCACCCCAUCACUACCUACCCAGGCUCCCUUUCACCCUCCCCUCUGCACCUCCCUGUGCCCCGGGACUCCGAUUCCUUUCAUCUCAUGUAAGAAGAAAGAAAGAAAGGAAAAGAAAAAAGAGAAAGGAAGGAAAAGGGAAAAAAGAGAAAGGGAAAGAAAGGAGUAAAGAAAGGAAAAGAAAAGAAGAGCAAAGAAAAGAAGAGAAAAGAAAAGAACACAAAAAGAAAAGAAAAAGAAAGAAAAAAACAAACCCUGAAGAAACUGAGGACUCGGAAUCUACAGCAGCCUCAUGACAACAAGGACUCAGCAAGGAAAGGACAGAGCCAGAGAUAAACCAGCUGCAGCCGCUCCACCAUCCUGCGCCUCUCCCCAACACUGCCCACGCCCCCCUGCCACAAGCAGAGGCCACCCCAAUGUAGGAAGCUCUCCAAGUUGGUGAUUUUCCAGUACGGGUUUUGGGCAGGUUAAUUUUUUUUUUUUUGGGGGGGGGGGGCGGGGGGGGGGGGGUAGCUAGUUGUUUUCUAAAGGGUCUUGAGAUAAAACCUUGCAGCCACCACUGUUUCCCCUCCUCACUGUGGUGCCCUGGAGUCUUCUCCCCACAUCACUGGCACUCACUCAAGUCAAUUUGAUUUCCAUCUCAAACAACCACCCCAGAUUCAGGCAGACUUUGACAUGUCAGGAGGAGGUGUGGGACUGCUGGCCUCAUGUCUGGAGAUGAGAUAGGCAGGGAAACACAGCUCCUGCAACAGCAUGAAUACCCCCAAAAAAUAUCCAUGGACUUCAAAAGAAAAUCAUCCUAAAAGGAAAGAUGUCUUUCUCCAUCUGGUUCCUCUUGAAUGGAAGGUCAUAAAUCUUUUUGGACAAGCACAACUUUGACCGUUAUCCGUCCAGGUGUGGAAGCAUUUGUCACCUGUGUGCACAUGUGCAAGCAUGUGUGUGCACGGAUGUGGCUUUUUCUCCUUGCAAAACUUUGCUUCAACACCUGCAGUCUGGAAGGCUUAAGCGUAAUCAGGGGGAGAGAUACUGCCCCUUCCCAAAAAAUAAUAAUAACCUGCUGGACUAACAGGAGCAGGGUUAUGGAGGAGCAUCGGUGCCUGCAGGAUCAGGGCCCAGCCAAUGCCAAGGGCUGCAUCUGAGCCAACUCUACAGAUAUUCCAUCAGCAUCCAGACUGAAGCAUCCCUACGUGAGGACAGGGGGAUCGGGGCCAAAACUCUUCCCACCCUUCAGCACCACAAGGAAGACCAACUAUGGAGAUUUUUUGUUCGUUUUUUUUCUUUCACAGCCAAAAAGUGGUUUGCUCCAGGGAAAAAAAAAAGAAAAACCACCAAAAAACCAAACAAAGAAACCUACACUUUGCUUUAUCUUGGAUUUUUGUUAAGGCUGGUUUAUAGCCUUCCCUGUGGGUAGAAAAAUGCCGGUCUCCAUUCUUUUGCAUUGAGGAUACUACUCAUAUUGCCACGGCUGAUUCCCACCACCUUGCAGCAAAAUCCUGUGAUGGGCCUUCACCUUUAACCUGGGACCCAGCUCCUUGUUGAUUGACAGCAGCCACUGCACCACGGAGACCCACUGCAUCAGGCAUGCUGGAACAGACCUCAGCUGCCUUCCCGACUUAUUUUGUUGUUUUAAAUUUUUACAUUCAAUUUUGGGACUGUUGCCUCUUGCUUCCUCAUGACAAGGGUCUCCGCGAUGUUGGCACUGGGAGGAGGAGAUCCUGCAACAAAGGGAAGGAAGGAAAGCGAGCUGUGGGGUCUGAGUGCUGUGGUCCCAGUGGGCAAACAUGCACCCACCAGGGACCGCAGCCCACUUCCAUGGCUGGAGCUGGCAGCUGGUGCUGGCCAAAGGACACAGCUGAUCUCCGGGGGAAGGUUUCUGCACCCCCAAAGCCCUGUUGAGCAUCCCGGACUUGGACAGAGAGGAAAGGGGGUCCACAGCACCACCAGGUCCCUGCCAGCGAGAUGAGACAAGGGGAAUUCGAUGCCAAGGGGGUCUGGCGGAGGCUCCUUUUCAUCACUGAUUGGGCACCCUCAUAGCCUCCCACCGGGACACUUACCCUGAUCGAGGGCAGGACUGGACACCCUGCCAUUAUUUCCCUCGGAGUUAGGGUGGGGGAAAGUUUUGCCAAUGGACUUCCACAGAGACCCAGUGGAGCAUGUUUGGAACUGGGGACAAGGCUUCUUUCCUUACUGAAAAGAACAGAGGGUGCCACCAAAUGCAGAUCUGCCCCACAAAAAAAAAUAAUGCUGGAGCAGGGUGACCCCCAUGUUGCUGAAGGGGAGCAUGGUGUGUGCUGGGGCCAAGGGAGGGACCCCUCUGGGCUUUGCAGGGCUGAUGGGGCAGGGUCAGUUUGACCAGGGUGGUGGGUUAAUGGUGUGGUGAAGGUGAAGAAUGGGGUGCAGAGGCAGGAGGAGAGGCGCUCAUGCUAACCCCAGGGGCCACUGGUCGCCAUUGUCGACACUGUUCCCGUCUCCGCCACUUGCCAAUCCCUGUGCAAAACCUCCUGUUAUAGGCCAGUACCACCUUCCCCAAGACCCUUCCCUUCUUCUCUCUUCCUAUUUCUUGCUUUUUUGUUCGUUGUUUAUUUUGUUGUUUAACUUCCCAAAACUUGAAAGCCUUUGGCUGCAGGGAAAAGAGACAUGCUACCAGGGCAGGAUGGGAGUGGGCAGAGGGACAGCAGCUCCCCAUGGACCUUGCCUUUCGGGGCUGAUGCUUUUGCACGGUGAGGGUCUGCUCACAGGGCCCAGUGAUGGUUUCAUGACACGGCCACCAUGAUGAUACUGGGAGGGGGACACAGGGGGCAUCCCCAACCUUUCCCUACAAAGCCAGUUUCAGCCAUGGCCCUGGGAGACCAGAGCACCAAAAUUCAUCCCACACAGCCUCCCCUCCCCCUACGCAUCCAGUGGUGGGGUGGCACUGCCUGUCCUGUCCCCACCAACCUGGGGGGAGGAGGAUGCAAGGAGGGGGUUGCACCACCCUCACCCCACAGACCAGCUUGGCUCCCGGGAUGGGGCACCGAGCAACCCCCUGGCUGCCCACUCCCUCACAGAUCCCCGGCAGGACGAGGCUGUUUGCAGGCUGCACUAAUAUUUAGGACCGGGGUUAGAGCCUGAGUCAGGCUGGGGGUGAGAGCAGCUUCAGGAGGUGUUGGCCACCUCCUGGAGUGGCAGUGACGAGGUGCUCCCAUUUUCAGCACCCAGCAGCACUUCUUUCCAUUUAGGGUGGGAAAACCAAAAGGGGCAGAUGUGGGAGCUGGGGAAGGUGGGGGGUUGAGGCACAUGGGGCGAUGCUGGUGAUUCAUGCAUCAAGGGGAGGUGUGAGGCCUGGGGGUCUCUGGCCACAGUACUUGCAUCAAAGCUGUGUCAGUAUCCAGGAUGCAAGCUGGGAAGGAGAGGACAAGGAUGGCGCAGGGGUCAGGACAGCCCUUCCGCCACAUCUCCCUGGGGAGUGGCACUCAGCAGCUGGGCUACCCCUUGUCUGUACUGCAGUGGACUUUGAAAACCACUAGUACAAGAGCAUUUUGCACUAUUUCUCUGCUCUCUCCCCCUUCUCUUUUUCUCCCCCUUCCCCAUGAAAUCUCUUUUUUGCUGUUGGAGUUUUUGUUGUUGAUGAUGAUUUAUUUUUUUCCCGAACGGAGCAUUGUAUAUUUAACGACUGACAGUUCACCUUGCUUCCAGACUGCUAUCCUGGCCCUGGCUAGGAGCCCUGCCGACUGUGCCCCCCUCCCCAGCCCCGCCAGCCCCCCGCCACUGCCACUGGGACAGACAUCACCAUGCACGUUACCCACCAUUGUAACACAGUUGAUAAAACACACCAGAUUCCGAGUUUCCUGCCUGGUUUUUAUCUUUAAGCAAUACUCACUACACAUUUUACGGUAGCUUUUUAUAGCUUUACAUACAUACGGUAGCUCUGUUGUUUCAUUUUGUUUUGUUUUUAUUGUUUUGGGUUUUUUUUUCAGUAAACAAGAAAUACUCAUAAUCUUACUGGUGGGGAAAAAAAAAACAAAACAGUUUGUGAAAAACUGACAAUGGAAGAAGAGCUUAAUGCUCUGUUUAGCAUUUUGUACUUAAAAAAAAUCUCACAUUUUAUUAAAAAGUGAAGAUUGCUGUAUACUAUUUAUUCAACUUAUAAUUUAUGUUACUCUUUGAUCUUUGUCUUUUCUCAUGACAAAGCAUUUAUUUAAUAAAGUUAUGCAUUCAGUUAGCUUG